AUGUCUUCAGUAACUGAGACUCCCCUUCCAGCCACUAUGAAGGCACUUUACGUCGAAUCUCAAGGCCAACCUUUCAUCGUCAAGACCGUCCCAACACCCCAACCUAGUCCGGGGAGUCUUGUCGUCAAAGUCCUCGCUACAGACAUUGAUCCGGAAAUAAACCAGAUUAUGAACGGGGAGCUCCCCUAUCUCUACGUACCUACGCCUCUCAUUCCAGGCGGUCGUGCUAUUGGUCGUGUCGCAGCCACUGGUCCAGACACUACCACUUUAUCUGUCGGCCAGCUCGUGGCCAUCGAGCCUUUUGUUCGCGGUCGCGAUAAUUCUGAUGUCCAAAUACUAUGGGGAGUUGGCGUAUUUGGACAAGACCCCAAAGCAAAGAAACUCAUCGAGGUUUGGCGUAAUGGCGUAACAGCCGAAUAUGUGAAGGCCCCACUUGAGAAUGUUUAUGCGCUAAAUGAGAAACGGCUCCUGGGAAAUCCUGCAGAGGGAGGUCUUGGUUAUUCUCUUGGAGACCUUACUAUACUUUCUCGACAUCUAGUAGCCUAUGGAGGAUUUCGAGGAAUUGAUCUCAAACCUGGAGAGACUGUCAUUGUGGCGCCUGCUACAGGUGCGUUCAGCAGUGCUGCAGUCCAAGUAGCAUCAGCCCUGGGCGCACGUGUCAUUGCCGUUGGUAGGAACUUGUCUAAACUGCAGAAACUUGCAGCAGCGAAUCAACGCGUCGAAAUUGUGCAGACCUCUGGUAAUUUCGAGGAAGAUCUUGCGAAAAUCAAAGCCUCUGGUCCAAUUGAUGCAUAUUUGGAUUUGUCGCCCAAGGAAGCGAAUGGCUCGAGCUAUAUCAGAGCUUGUUUGAUGUCGUUGAGGAAUUAUGGAAGAGCAUCACUGAUGGGAGUACCGAGUAAUGAUAUUGAUAUUCCAUACAUGAUGGCUGUUAUGAACAACCUUACGAUUCGGGGACAGUAUAUGUAUGAGAGAGAAGAUGUAAAAGGACUGAUUAAGCUUGUUGAGAGUGGCUUAUUGAAGAUCGGAAAAGCUGGUGGCAAUGAAAUCGUUGGUGAAUUUUCAAUCGAGCAAUGGGAUGAAGGGCUGAAAGUCGCGGUUCAGAACCCUGAGCCUGGAAAGAUGGCAAUAAUGUAUCCUUAG